AUGCAUUCAACUCCUUAUCUCUUGGCCAUCUUGGCCUGUAUCUCUUCCCUCCAUGGAUCAAUUGCCUUCAGUCCGACCUCCUCGCUCUCCAAAGCAUUUUCUCAAGCCUCCAGUCAACUGUUCAGUGCGCCAGAACCUCUGGCUACCGAGGGAGAAUGGACGGCCUUUCUGGAUGAAGAAACAACUGGUGUUGUCUACUACUUCAACUCAAGAACAGGAGAAAGUCUUUGGGAACCACCCACAGACACCUUUCCUUCUGUUUAUCUGAAACCAAGCCGUAGAAGAAAAGCUGAAGCCAAGAGGGAUGAAUAUUUUAGGAGCAUGACACCAAAAGAGAGAAAGGAAGGUGGUUUCUUGAGCAGUUUGCUGGGUGGUGGCAACAAGCAAGAAGAGCUACAAACUGGAGAUGAAAUUUUGAAGGAAGAGGAAGAACCUGAGUGGAUGAAGGGCAUGCUGGAGGAAAAGUAUCCCGCGGAAGAGAAAAAACCAGGAUUCUUUUCUCGGCUCCUGAGCGGUCCCCCUGAACCGGUUAUUUCCCCGGCACCUGCUCCCACGCCUGCUCCCGAGGAGCCACCAGCUCCACCGAAGAACUUUCUGGACAGUGUCUUCCAGUCCCUGACAGAUAAUGCUGUGGCGGAGAGUGAGGAAGCAGCCAGCGUUAACGCAGCGGAAGAAAGAAAAGCUUUGGAGGCUCAAGCAAAAGCAAAACAAGACUUUGACAAGAAGAGGGCUGCUGAGGCCAAGAAACAGGCUGAGGAAGAAAAGAAGAUGGCGGAGCUUGUAAGGAAAGCAGAGGCUGAGCAGAAAGCAGAGGCCGACAGAGUAGAGGCUGAGGCUAGAAGAGCCGAAGAGGCUGAAGCCAGGAGAUUGGCAGAAGAGGAAAAAAUCUUUGUGGAUGACAAGGCCUCAACAAUCAAGAUUGACAUUGGUUCAUUCGUUCUGCCUCACCCAUCCAAGGUGAUGUGGGGUGGUGAAGAUGCUGUUUUCACAAAAGGACGCACAUUCGGGGUAUUUGAUGGUGUGUCAGGAGCCGACAAAGUGGAUGGUCUUCCCCUCUACUCCAUAAUGCUAGCACGACAAAUGACGCAAUUGGUUGGAACAGGUAACGACAUCACUAUCAAGGACAUGCAAGACAAUUUGCUGACUGCAGCUGAGACUGCUGAUGAGAGAGCCACAGGUGCUUCAACUGCCAUUGUAGCAUCCAUUACAGAAGACGGGUUUCUUCGUGCCAUCAACUUGGGUGAUUCUUCGUGCAUUGUCAUCCGAGGAGACAGGGUCGUGGCAAAGACCAAAGAAAUUGUACACUACUUUGAUUGCCCAUAUCAACUGUCCGAAAUUUCACCGGACAGACCAAGGGACGCACGCAAGUUGAAUUUUGAAUUGUUGAAGGGUGACGUUGUGCUGAUGGGCUCAGACGGUAUUUUUGACAAUCUGGAGGAUUCUGAAAUUGUGGAAGUUGUAAAUUCUGGUCCAGCUAAGGCAGGUGCCAUUGCCAAACAAGUCUCCGACCUCUCUCGAAAGGUAUCCUUGAAUUCGAAUGCACCAACACCAUACUCGAAGCAGGCAAAACGAAAUGGCGACCCAGACUUUCGAGAUGGCCUUGGUGGAAAGGUGGAUGACAUUAGCUGUGUGGUUGCUCGAUAUGAAUAA